UUGCAGCGUCUCAGCCUUUUAACUAGUCAGAAAAUGUAAAACCAAGGUGUUAAUUUGCAGUUGGGGGUGCAGGGAUCAGGGGUCACAAGAGGAAGAAUUUACCAAAGACUCGUUCAUCCAUUGGACUCCACAGACUCCGGUGAACACGCUGGACGUGGGAUUUUGAAGUCGCUGGCAGAUUCAUUGAGAUUUUCUCGUUUUUCUUUUUCUUUUCAUUUUAUGUCAACUUCUUUAUGAAGAUGCUUGUCCUCCCUGCUGCCGUUUUAUUGGGGACUUUUGCAAUCAUAUCAAAUGUGGAGGCUGGGAAGUGUCCUCGGGUGUGCAAUUGCGACAGCGCCAAGCUCACGGUGGCUUGCGUCGGCAAGAACCUUACUGAGGUUCCCCCGACUAUUGACGAGAUCACAGUCAAACUGGACCUGAGGAAUAACAACCUCCAAAUGCUCCAAAGGGGAGGAUUUGUUCGCACACCUUACCUCACCCACCUCAACCUACAGCGAUGCAACAUUGUCAAAGUGAAGGAGGGAGCUUUCCGCAUGCUGGGCCGUGUGGUCUUCCUUAACCUGGCCUACAACAAAAUUGACAUCCUAUAUCAGGAAUCUUUUGACGGCCUCUCGUCUUUGAAGGAGCUUCAUCUGGACCACAACCAAGUUGAGGAGAUCCAACCUGGAGCUUUCUUGCAGCUUGGCUCAUUAAACAUGUUGGCUCUCACUCAUAACCAGCUGGUGUACAUCCCCAAUAUGGCUUUUCAGGGCCUGCAACACAUCAAGUGGCUUCGUCUCAGCCAUAACGCCAUCAACAACUUGGCUCCCGAGGCAUUUGCCAGCUUGUUCAUUCUGACCCGCCUCAAUCUGGACCAUAAUGAGCUUCAGUUCUUCCCCACUCAGGCUAUGACCAGACUCAAGGAGGUCACACACCUGGACAUGAGCCACAACCGCAUGAUCUACCUCGGCGAAGAGUCUGUUUCCAUGGCCAAGCUCACACACUUGUACCUCAACCACAUGUCCCUCCAAGACCUCUCCGAGCAGGCCUUGUCCCAGGCUCCUGUGCUCUCCUACUUGGACCUGAGUCACAACCAGCUUCGUUACUUGGAGCCUCUCGUGGGCCCCAAGAACCUUGCAAGUCUCAACCUCACUGCCAACCCCAUCUACUGUAGCUGCUACAUGAGGCCUCUAAAAAACUGGGCGAGUGUUGGGGGUGUCAAGCUGCUGGGAACUUGUGCAGGACCACCUCACCUGUCCGACGAGCCUCUCCGAGCCGUGGCGGCGGCGGACAUGCGUUGCCGCAGCAGGGGAGACCCACUGAAGGAUGAAUUUGAGGAGGAAGUGGUCACCAUUAGCAUCCCACCAACAGUCAAACCCAAACAGAACGUCAAGUGUCCGCUUAACUGUGACUGUCACAUUGAAGCACAACAUGCUACAUGUGAGAACCGAGGUCACCACAAAGUACCUCGAGGCUUCCCUGCAAAAACUCAACUACUGGACCUUCGCAGUAACCACUUCCACAAUAUUCCCGCCAACAGUUUCCCAGCCACCAGCCAAGUUCUUUCCCUUCACCUGGAAUUCUGUAAAAUUCGCGAAAUCGAAGGUGGAGCGUUCCGAGGAAUGAAACAAUUGUUUUAUUUGUAUCUUUCUGACAAUGACCUCACAUCGUUGGGGCCUGAAACUUUCACUGGAGCCCCGGCGCUCAGUUAUCUUUACCUGGAGGGGAAUCGUUUGGCAAAGUUUCCUGGUUCAGCUUUGCGACUCUUACCAAAUCUAUUUGCAUUACACCUGGAACGCAAUGCCAUUUCAAAACUGGAACCCAAAGGUCUGCUGACCUCAGUAACUCCAAAACUGAGGGAGCUUUACUUAACCAAUAACACCAUACGCACUAUUGCCAAAAGUGCUUUGGACUCUGCCUUUCUUGGAAAACUUCACCUGGAUUCAAAUAAGCUGACCACCGUUCCAACUGAUGCUCUAUCCAAAGCCGUUAGUCUGGAGGAACUCAACCUAUCUCAAAAUCGGAUUCUCUCAGUGGGACCAAAUGCAUUUCGGCCCAUAUCACAAAGUCUGAAGAGGCUAUACAUGGAUCAGAUGAGCACUGAGAAGAUGUCUCGGGAGGCUCUGGCUGGGCUUGGCCCAAGACUGAAGGCUCUCACGUUGAGAGGAAACAAGCUCAAGGAGAUUCCUGACUUAGUCUAUCUCACUGGCCUGGAGGUGGUUGAUCUUCAAGAUAACCCUCUGAUGUGUGAUUGUACUUUGCUGCCGCUGCGCAAGUGGAUGGAGGUGGCAGCUACUUGUGGCUUCCCUCCCAAGCUAAAAGGGCAAAAGGUCAAGGAUCUGGAGCUAUUCAAGUCCUGUCCGGAAAACAGAUCCAAGUCAGACAGAAAGCAUGUUGUUGUGGCGCCUGCUUAUGCAAAAAGCAAGAAACCCAAACUAAACCUUGUGAAAGUUUCUGGAGUCAAGACUAAACUCGGAAGGGACAAGACAAAACCACCAAAGCUAACAAAGAAAAAGCCUCAAAUGAAGCCUGUUGUGGCAGCAGUGACCAAAAAGAAGAAAGUGACAAAAACAUAAAAUCUUUUCUGCAAUGGCCGAAUUAGUGACAAUGUGUAAAAAUCAUUUAUUAUUGUAAAAAUAAAUGUGCUGUGCUGCUAUGGAAUGCAGUGUUUGCUUGUGGAAGAAAUAAACACAAAACACAGGGA